AUGCGCUUCGAGGGCGCGGAGCGGCGCGACGCCGUCGCCUUCCACCCGCUGCUGGCGCCGCGGCCGAGCGACUUCUCGGUGUCGGCGCUGCUGACGGCGGGCGCGCUGCCGCCGCCGCCCUACCUGCCGGCCGCGCUGGCCGCCGCCGCCGCGCUGUCCGCACCCUGUCCACUGCUCAAGCCGCCCCCGCCGCCCUACGCGCCACUGCCGCCCGACGACGACGGCGUCGUCGACGACCCCAAGGUCACCCUCGAGGGCAAGGACCUAUGGGAGAAGUUUCACAAGCUCGGCACCGAGAUGGUGAUCACCAAGAGUGGCAGACAAAUGUUUCCACAAAUGAAGUUCCGCGUCUCUGGAUUGGACGCGAAAGCGAAAUACAUCCUCCUGCUGGACAUCGUCGCAGCCGACGACUACCGAUAUAAGUUCCACAACAGACGUAUGUUUCCUGCCUACAAAGUUCGCGUUUCUGGUCUUGAUAAAAAAGCAAAAUACAUUUUGCUAAUGGACAUCGUAGCUGCCGACGAUUGCAGAUACAAAUUCCACAACAGUCGGUGGAUGGUAGCCGGGAAGGCGGACCCUGAGAUGCCCAAGAGGAUGUACAUCCACCCCGACUCCCCGUCGACAGGCGAGCAGUGGAUGCAGAAGGUUGUCUCCUUCCACAAGCUGAAGUUAACGAACAACAUCAGCGACAAACAUGGAUUCGAGCUCAUCUAUAGCCAAAGUCAACGGAUGUUGUCAAAGUUGCUGUGGCCCAAUACGUCGCCUAGUGCGCCAAGAGACCCCCACUCAGAUCAUUUGUGUGUUACGCAGACGAUCCUCAACUCGAUGCACAAGUACCAGCCCCGGUUCCACCUGGUGCGGGCUAACGACAUCCUGAAGUUACCCUACUCCACCUUCAGGACCUACGUUUUCAAGGAGACGGAGUUCAUUGCGGUCACCGCCUACCAGAACGAGAAGAUAACGCAAUUGAAAAUAGACAACAACCCCUUCGCGAAGGGUUUCAGAGAUACAGGAGCGGGGAAGAGAGAGAAAAAUCUGUCCGUGUACCGCAGGCAGGCGCUGCUGACGGCGCGCUCCGACACGCGUGAGGACGACGAUGAGAGGCCCCUCGACGUCGGGGGGCCUUCGAGUCCCCCGCCCCCGCCACCGCAACACAGCACCAGCUCAUGGUUUAGUUCAAGCGGAGGUGGUGCGGACUCUGGCGCAGAUGAAGCUGGUUCAGAUUCUUCAUGCUCGGGUGGCGCUCGGGCACCAUCUCCUCCCGCGGGCCCCUCACGACCCUCCCCGGCACCCGACGUCUCUCUCGGUCCCCCGGUCCAACCACCUCUCCUACCUUACCUCUACCCGCCUUCAUUGUAUCCGCCACCGUUCUUCCCUCCCCACCAAAUGCCGCCAGGGCUGCUCUUCAACCUGCAUCCUCUCCUACAGCAGUACUCCCUACCGCCCCCGCCCGCGCCGCCCGCCCCCGCCCCGGCGCCGUCACUCAGCAAGACGCACAGGUUCGCGCCGUACGCGCUGCCGGGCCUGGGGUCCGCGUUCGAGCAAGUGGCUCCGCGGGCAAGGAGCCUGAGCUCGUCUCCGGCGCGGCCUCGACCCGGCUCGCCCCCCGCGCGCGCCGCCUCCGCCGACCCCCCUCCCGACGCGCCCACGUCCACGACCACCGCGACUCCCCCCGCGUCCGAUCUCAAGAGCAUCGAGCGCAUGGUCAACGGUCUCGACGUCGAGACGCAGGACUGA